UGCUCUUUCUUGAUCAAUUCCCGCGUCGUGCCGAUUUCCCGCGUCGCGCCGCCAAACUGGCUCCGAUACAAAAUAUAGAAGUUCUUCCCGAGGCCGACGCGCCGUUGCCGCCGCACAACGACUUCGUUGCGGAGGCUGCGGAGGAUUCAAAGAUGGAGGACGACGCGCAGGCGAUGGCGAUCUCGACGGCGCUCGAAGCCGAUCCCAUCUCGAGACCCAGCUCGGUAUCGACUCAGGCUUCAGCGCCCCAGAAUCUCGCACCCGCUCUGUCCAACCCUCAGCCGCAGACGCUUUCCACCGGGGAUUCGGCGACAGACAAUCCACAACCAAGACCUGUCGCAAUCGCGCCCGCUAUGUAUCCAGCUGGCACGUCUCCUGCGAGCACAGCUCCCGCGCCUGGGGGGAAUCUUCCUACCUGCCAGAACUGCGAAACGCACACGACCCCGCUAUGGCGACGCGACGAGACAGGCGCAGUGCUCUGCAACGCCUGCGGUCUCUUCCUGAAGCUGCACGGCCGGCCGCGACCUAUUUCCCUGAAAACUGAUGUGAUCAAGAGCCGAAACCGCGUCAAAACGAUGCGACCAGACCUUGCGAAACAAAAAAAGCAGCAACAACAACAACAGCAACAACACCUUGCUCAGACGGGCGAUUUGAACGGUGCAGAUCUCGGCGCAGUCAACGGUGCGGCCGGUGUUCGCAGGGCUUCACAAAAACCCGCCAAUGGUGUCUUGGACGAUACACAUUCUCCCAUCUCUCGCACUGGUACGCCAAAUCUGUACGCAUCUCACAUGGCGCCGAUGUACCAAAAUCUCGAAGACCAAUUCCAGGCCCAACAGCUGUCUGGCUUUGGCGGGCCGGAUGGCCGCGCUCCCUCCCCGCUGAACGGCGACCGCCUCGACAUGCCACAGACACACGAGCAACUCCUCGCUACCAACGCAAGCUUGAAAACGCGCGUCAGCGAACUCGAAGUAAUUCAAGAAUUGUACCGUGGCAGAAUCCAGCAGCUCGAGCAGGAAGAAGCGAAUCGGCAGGCCCAGGAGAAGACCAAGUCUGAAGCCGACGAGCAGCUGCGCAAUCAGCUCAACGCCAUCAACGAGGCGCACGCCCAGCUGCAGAAGGAGCUUGAGGAGAGCCACCGGAGGGAGAAUAUGCUGAAGCGGCGUCUGGACGAGCUCGAGGUUGAACUCAAGGAGGCCAAAGAAGCCCUUGAACUACACGAGAAUGGCCGUGCCAAAAAGGCCAAACUCGAUGACAGCGCCGCAAACAAAACGGAGGAGCAGGCGUCGACUUCCCAAGCCGCAACAUCGGCUAACUCGGAUGAAAAGUGAGGGGCCGGCCACUUUGCGAUGGAGGCUACUCCAUUCGCUGGCCAUCGCCGCCUUGUUGAAGCAGCACUUUCUCUAUCACUACGGCGGUGCCGCUGUUGCUGGGACUUGUUCUUGAUGUGGCGACACCAAUGGCUUGCCUCGAGCUAGCGGCGCCUUCUCUCCGUUUUCAUACUUGUUUUUCAUACCGGUGCGAUGUGCCAUC